AUGUUUGUUUAUAUUCACAUUAAUAGUAAUUGUUUCAAAUUUAAUUUUAUAUUAGCUCCGAUUCAAGUGGUUAUACCAAAUUUAUGGAAAGAUUUAAACAUCGGUCAGAUCCAAAAGAAUGAUGAAUUAAAAGCGGCAUUGGAAAUGAUGACAAAUGAAAAUAAACGAUUGGAUGAAAUUAUCAAGCAAAUGAUGAAAGAAAUUACUUUUCUUCGUGAAUCACUUCUAUCAACUGUGAUGAAAUUGGCAAGUACAGUAGUAGCAGGUACAGCGACAACAUCACCAAGUGAUGGUCAAGGAAAAUUAACCUCUAUUACCGUCACUUCUCCUACUACAGGAAAAAGUGGUGGUGGCAUCAGUGUUGGUAGCACUAUUACUGGGAUAUCUGGUGAUAUUAAAACUUCGGCUGCUACCGGUACUAGCCGUGUUUCAAGUCCUGCUACUAGCGGUGCUGGUGGUGUUAAAAGUUCGGCUGCUACCGGUACUAGCCGUGUUUCAAGUCCUGCUACUAGCGGUGCUGGUGGUGUUAAAACUGCCACCGGUGAAAGUCGUACUACAAGUCCUAUUUCUGGUGGUGCUAGUAGCAUCAAAACAUCUAUUCCUAGCGAUGUUAGUGGUGCCCAAACUCCAAUUAGUGUUGCUGCAGAUGGUAUACUAAGUCAUACCGGUGCUGAUAUUGAAGUUGAAAAGUAUUUAUCAGCUAUGUUAGCUGAAGGUGGACCAACAGCUGAAGUGAAAGGAAGUGAUGGUGUUACUUUUGCUGCUGAUGGUGGAAUAAAGGAAUUUUCACUGUAUUGUCCGGGUGCUAGUUCUGGUGGUUUAACCAGUGCAUAUAUGACUAGUUCUAGUCCCGGUACCGGUAAAGCUAAAAAUAUUAGCUUUGCAUUUGGAAAUACCGCCGAUCAACUUGGUCAGAGUGGUCGUCCUGAUAGUCCAGGUGGUGGUAGUAGUGGUGGUACUAGAAGUGUUAGUGCUGCUGGUGGUGGUCGUGGUCGCGCAGGAUCAGUUUAUCUUUAA